AUGAGCUUUGAUUCGACGUCAUCAUUAGGUUCUAUCAGUACAGUAAACGUUUAUCCUAAUCGUUCGUUAACUAUUGUUUCAAAUGCAAGUUCAACGGAUGAGUCACAUUUUCAAACUGUUUCUGUUUAUUUGUAUUCAUUUAAUCCGGAUUCCUAUGAAGAUCGAAUUAGUUUUGAUUUCCAUAAAUGGGCAACUACCGAAGAACUUAUUGAGAAAGUUCUGCAACAAAAACAAGAAUUGGCGCAUCAGUGUGCUGAUAACUACGAGUUAUACGAAAUUAUGGGUACAUUGGAUGGACAAACGUUCAAGGAGCGAAAACUUGACCGGGGCGAAUAUCCGGUAGCUGUGCAAAUGUUGUGGACACGACCGAUGCACAGCGAGAGCAACGAAGCUACGCCGAAAAAUCGCUUAGUAUUGAGGCAUAAAGACUCAUCGCUAUUGUCCGAUGGUGUGCAUUUUGGAUCUACGAAAACAUCCAGUACCAUCGAUUCUUUCUUGGCCAAAUUCUUGACACAGCCUCAGGACCGUGAAUAUCCCGAUUUAUGUAUGCUUCCGGAGCUUACGGAACAAACAUUACUUGAUAAUCUUAAGGAUCGUUUUGCUAGUGGACACAUAUAUACCUAUAUAGGGCCAAUUUUACUAGCUGUUAAUCCUUUUAACUUCUUUCCAAUUUAUAAUCCAAAGUAUGCUCGAUUGUAUUCUCAAAUUCGACAACUUUCCAGUAUGCCACCACAUAUUUUUGCUAUUGCUAAUAUCACAUAUCACAGCAUGUUACGGAUUAAGGAAAAUCAGUGCAUUGUAAUAAGUGGCGAAUCAGGUUCCGGGAAAACCGAAUCAACAAAUUUCCUGUUACAUCAUUUCACCACACUCAGUCAAAAAGGUUCCAGCACCGGAAGUACCGUUGAACAAACCUUACUUUCUGCUGGACCUGUACUUGAGGCGUUUGGGAAUGCAGUAACGGUGCAAAAUAAUAACAGCAGCAGAUUUGGAAAAUUUAUCCGAGUGAAUUAUCGAGAAAAUGGGAUGGUCUCGGGAGCAAAUGUUGAAAUUUACUUGCUAGAAAAGUCACGAAUCAUUUCACAAGCUGUUGAUGAAAGGAACUAUCAUGUUUUUUACUAUUUAUUAAAUGGUGCAUCCGAGGAGGAACGACAAAGGCAUUACUUGAUGCAACCAACCGAAUAUAGCUACCUUAAUCAGAAUAACUUUUAUGCGGCAGAAGGAGUGAAUGAAUGUUACGAAUAUCAACGACUCAAAUAUGCUAUGGAUGCAGUUGGCUUCUCACAACAAUCUCAGCAAAAUAUGUUUGCAGUUAUUUCAGCUGUAUUACUUCUUGGAAACAUACAGUAUGUUCGGAGAAGUGGCUAUCAUAGUGACGAGAAUGUCUCCAUCGGUAAUGAGGAAGUGCUAUCUAUUAUUUCAACGCUGCUACAUAUCAAAGCAUCCAGUCUGCAGCAAGCUUUGACGAUGCGUCGAACGGUGAUGAAAAAUGAUGUUGUCAUCUCGCAGUACAGUGUUAGCGAGGCAAAAGAUACACGCGAUGCUAUGGCAAAAUGUCUGUACAAUGCUUUAUUUUAUUGGAUAGUAUUACGGAUAAAUCAAGCGUUGCUGAAAAAAGAACGACUUACGUCAAAGACAGGAUAUUAUAUUGGUAUUUUGGAUAUUUUCGGAUUUGAAGAUGUUGGUGGAAAGUGGAAUUCAUUUGAACAACUCUGUAUCAAUUAUGCAAAUGAGCAUCUACAAGCUUACUUCAACCAACAUAUCUUCCAAUUCGAGCAGGAAGAAUAUCUCAAAGAAGGAAUUACAUGGACGAACAUCGAAUAUACCGAUAAUACCGAAUGUGUCCAAUUGUUUCAGAGUAAACCAUACGGUAUAUUCCGAUUGAUUGAUGAAGAAAGUAAUAUCAACAACGGAACGGACGAGUCAAUGCUCGAUAAGCUCAAUCAUUUCCUCAAAACCAACGAAUACUAUGAAACACCUCAGAAGCGUGAAUCAGCUUUCAUUGUUGCCCAUUAUGCGGGAAAAGUGAAAUAUCAAAUUAAGGGUUUUCGUGAAAAAAACAAAGAUUUGAUGCGACAAGAAGUUUUAAUGGCAAUCAAGAAAAGUAAAAGUGCUUUUGUUCGAGGGUUAGUUGGAAAUGAUCCGGUUGCGGUAUUUCGUUGGGGCAUAUUACGGGCAACUUUUCGGGCAGCAAACGCUUUCUGGCAAGCUGGAAAAUUGGCAAAAAAAAGAGAAAAUAUCGAACAUUCUAAGUUACCGCGUGAUAAUAAAGCGAUAUUAACUGGGAUUAGUUCGGAUACGCAUUUAAAUGCUUUCCUACGUGGUGAAAUAAGUCAAGAAAUGGUACCACCCUUCUGUGACACAUCAUUUUUCACCACAAUUGUUAGCCAUGCUCGGAAACAACCAAACGUACAGGUGGAGGACUGUCACAGCGCUUUGAAAAGCUUACAGGCAGUGAAAGCUUUUUCGGAAAAGAAAAGUAUCACCGGAAAACCGUCUUCCGUCGGCAAACAAUUCCAGCAUUCUUUGUCGCGACUGAUGAAAACGUUAUCUCAGGCAACACCUUAUUUCAUCCGAUGCAUCAAAUCUAACAAUGAAAAGAUUCCGAACCAUUUUGAUGACAAUAUUAUUUUACGACAAUUGCGUUACACAGGUAUGCUCGAGACAGUGCGAAUACGUCGAGCUGGUUAUAGUGUUCGUAUCGAAUAUAAGGAUUUCAUCAAGCAGUAUCGAGUGCUUCUACCGAAAGGCUGUGAAAGUACCACAGAAGAUGUUAAGGAGUUUAUCACAGCACAUGCAUUGAUUGAUAAUAACGAGGUGCAAUUUGGAAUCACCAAAGUAUUUAUGCGUGAUGCUGAGAAGUUAAUUCUGGAUGAUCAUCUUCAUCGCGUCAUUAUGAAGCAUAUCGAAACGUUGCAGAGAUGCAUUCAAGCUCUAAUGACAAGGCGCAAAUAUAUCAAAUUGCGCAAUAGUAUUAUUGGAAUGCAGGCAGCAGCUCGUGGGAUGAUUGUGAGGAAUCGUUUGCAUGAAGUAUACGAUGCCGCGUUGGUGAUUCAGCGUAACUGGAAGCGUUUCAAGGUGGAGCAAAGAUAUCAAAAAAUUCGACGCGCUGUUGUCGCUAUACAGGCUCAUUAUCGUGGCGCUUAUGCUAGAAAACGAUAUGAGGAAAUGAGAAGAGAAAGUGAUCCAAAGAAACAUUCACCAAAUUUCACAAUAACAAAGGUUGUGCGAAAAAUGGAAUUGGUAUCGUUCAAUCUGAACGACCCCGAAUCUUUGGCGCAAUUUGCGGGUUCAGAUGAGGAUGAGGAAGAGCUCUCAAUAGCAUCAACAAGUGUUAGCAUUUUGGAUGAGGAAGAAGAUGGACAGGAGGAUGCUGGAAGUACUCGAAGUUCGAUUCAGCUCGACAGUGUCCAUCUGGAAACGGAACUCGAUGCGACAUUCAUAUUGGAGGAUAAAAAACUGAAACUUGUCGAAGCACCACGAGAUUCAGCAAUUUUCAAAAGAAGGAUAAGUUCAGCAUCAACUGGUACAACCAAAAAGAUGAAAAUGUUUCGAAGAGCUGCAAGCACAGAAACGGAUCGACUUUCAAUUUCUGAACAUAUGAUACCUUCGAGCCCAGAAAGUAAGAGCAAAAGUAGAAAGAUGGGUUUUAUGCGAGCCAAGAAGCACUUGAAAGCAUUUCUGUCACGACGUAGUGAUAGUGUCCUGAGUAUUGAUGAAAGUCGAGACUCACUUACUGCAUGCACAACCUCAGUGUCAACCAAACAUAAUUUAAAAUUAAGUCGACUGCAUCGCAAUGAAAUUUGUGCUUUAUGCAAUAAAAAUUUCACCGGUAUACUAAUAAAGGGCAACAAGUGUACAGAGUGUAAAUUAUCAUUCCACAAAGAGUGCUCUUCAUUCGCGUCCAAUAUUCCUUGUCAAGCGGUGAUCCGUUCACUUCGUCCGGAUGAUACGUCGCCAAAGAAGGAAUGGGAAAUAAAAUCGUCUUUGUCACCGAAGCAAUCAUUUGCACCACUCGUCCUUCAUCCAGCCAAAUCCUUCAGUUUGCAUAAAACUAAACAACAGACUGAUCCAAGCGAUAUGAUUAUUGAAAGUGACGAUGAUCUGAGACAUUUCAAUGUAUUUAUCUUCAAAAAAUUGAUGAAAUUGGAGAAUAAUAAGAAAAAGAGGGACACACAAAUAGAUGCAAUUUUCAAGAAAGCUUUCAAGGAAUUCCAUAUGGAAAUUAUUGGCUAUGAAGCGGUAGUCAGUGAAAACAGAACGAUGCUAAAGUAUCAUGAUCUUAUCACUAUUUUCGAAGGUUCACUGACCAAAGUUUCAGCCCAGGAACAGGUAACAUUCCCUACUACACUUGGCGUAAACGCGUUUCGUGGAUUUCUGAAUGAAUUCCUUCACGAGCAAACAAAAAAUAAGAAAUCGAGUAAAAAAUCGAAUGUCCUUGAGAAUGUUCGCAAAAAAAGAAGAAAAUCGGAUGCAACGGUGGUUUAUAAUGGUCAUCGAUUUAAAUUAGAAUACGUUCACGUACCAACGUAUUGUGAAGUGUGCAAUUUGUUUAUGUGGCAUGCUGAGAAAAUUUUCAUUUGUAAAGCAUGUCGCAUAAGUUGUCACAAGAAAUGUCAUACAAAGAUUACAACAAGUUGUACGCAAUCUUUACAGCAAACAAAUUUACAAUCUGGUGGACGAUUUUUUGGUGCAAAUUUGAACAGUCUCGUGGAUGAUCAAGAAUCAGUUCCAAUUGUCAUCGAUAAAUUAUUUAUGGCUAUUGAAUUGAAAGCUCUUUUCGUUGAAGGAAUUUAUAGGAAAAGUGCAGCAAUUGGACAAGUGCGUAAUGCACGUCGAGAAAUUGAAAAUGCAGAAUUCGAAAUAUUAUCGUUUGACGACGUCCCCACGCACGUUAUAACAACUUUAGUGAAGUCAUUUUUCCGUGAGCUCCCGGAGCCUCUUAUCACUUACGAUCUCUACGAGAAUUUCUUGAAUGCCUCAGAGGUGCAAGAUAGUACUGAACGAGUAAGAUGUUUGACUGUAAUAGUAGAAUUGCUACCAAAAUGUAAUAGAAGCGUUUUGGAACGGUUGCUGUACCAUUUGGCACGUGUUGCUAAUCAGGAAUCAGUGAACAAAAUGGGUGCUGCAAAUUUGGCACUUAUUUUUGCACCAUGCAUUUUGCGUACUAAUCAAACGUUACGUGCGCAAGAUCAACUACGAGAUGUUGAAAGACAGGCUAUUUGUGUACAAGCGUUAAUCGAAGAAAAAUUGCGACAAUUCCGCUCAACGUUAACAGAAAUUGUUUCACUUGAAACUGCUAGUGAAAAGAUCGUUGAGAAUUUGCGACUAAUUGAUGAGCACAAAGAUUCAGUGAAAAAAGAAAUGCACACGUCUAAUGAGCAGCAUCUCGAGACUGCUCGACAAUUAUUUGUGGAACAAUUGGAAUUUUUGGAUAGCGAAAAAGAAAAACUCAUCCAAGAAUUACCACCAAUAGCACCAGUAGCAUCGGUAGAAGAUCUUUCAUCACUCGAAGAGUGCAGAAAUUCGCCAUUGCUAAUUGAAGAGGUACCCCAGGAAGAGUACGCUCUCGACUUCAGUGCUCCUCCAAUCUUCAACACUCUGAAGAAUGUCACCAAAUGGCGAUCACGAGGGUCAUCAAGACGUCGUCUACCUAGCCAACAGCAUAGACGGUCCAUGUUUGAGAAGCACUUCCAUGUGAAAUUCUCAUAA